AUUUUUUUCUAUGACGCUGACUUUCACGCGUCCUUUAAAUAUGCGGCGUCGCUCGCGGCUUUCGAAUUCUACAAAGUGGUUAAACGAUAGGCAAAAUGAAUCGACGAUUUUGCGAUAGGCAUUUCGAGCACUUCCUCGUCGGAUGUCGCGCGUGGCCGCACAUAACCUAGCUUUCCGACGCACGCAAGAUCGUCGAAAAUGUCCGAGGUCCGCGCGUAUUCCGUAAAAAGGAACCGCAUCCUGCAAAGCGGGAUAUUCAACGAGACCCUGCGCGGCUGGCAGUCGUCCAAAUGCGACGUAACGGCCAAGAAUUUGAUGUAUCCGGUGUUCAUCACGGAGAACGACGAUGACGAGCAAGACGUGCCCAGCAUGCCGGGCGUCAAACGUUACGGCGUCGACAAGCUACGGGGGCACCUCGAACCUUUGGUCCGUGACGGUCUCCUUGCCAUCCUGGUGUUCGGUGUCGUCGACAACUUACCCAAGAACGAAAGCGGCGACGGCGCCGAUAGACCAGAUAACCCGGUGGUUCGGGCGCUGCCGAAGCUGCGACGGUGGUUUCCUGACCUGACCGUCGCGUGUGACGUGUGCCUGUGCCCGUACACGUCGCACGGCCACUGCGCCAUUUUGCAUCGAGACGGCACCAUCGACAACGAUGCCAGCGUCGAGCGUAUAGCCCAGAUCGCAUUGGCGUACGCCAAGGCGGGAGCCCAUAUCGUCGCGCCGUCCGACAUGAUGGACGGCCGCGUCGGCGCCAUAAAGCAAACGCUCGUCGACCACAAACUUGGCAACGUCGUAUCGGUGUUGUCGUACUCGUGCAAGUUCGCGUCGGCGUUCUACGGACCGUUCCGGGAAGCCGCCAAGUCGAGUCCCGCAUUCGGAGACCGGAAGCGGUACCAACUGCCUCCGGACGCGGCCGGCAUUGCCCUGAGGGCGGCCGCGAGGGACGUCGCCGAGGGGGCGGACAUGCUGAUGGUCAAGCCGAUAAUGGCGUACGCGGACGUGCUCAAACAGGUCAAGGAUCAAUACCCCGAGUACCCUGUGUUCGUCUACCAGGUGUCGGGGGAGUUUGCGAUGAUUUACAACGCCGCCAGGGACGGGAUUUUUCGCCUGCAGGACGGCCUGAUGGAGAUCCUGCGCGGUUACAGGCGAGCAGGCGCUGACGUCAUCAUAACGUACUACGCGCCGCAGAUACUCGACUGGAUCCGACCGAAGCACAAGCUGUGAGAGAGCGUUUCGCGCUUUGAUGUUUUCCACGAUGUUUAUUAAACGACGUUUGAAAAAUGUCG